AUGCGCCUCACGCACGUUACCACCCCGAUCUUCUACCCUAACGCAAGGCCGCACCUGGGCCACCUGUACUCCUCGCUGCUCGCCGAUGUCCACUGUCGGUGGACCAACCUUGUGAGGCCGCAACCCAUGGCCACUGCAGACCCAGCAGAGAAGUUCACGACAGGGACAGACGAGCACGGGCUCAAGAUCCAGCAGGCGAGCGAGGCACAGGGUGCGGGGGGCACACCGCGACAGUUCGUCGACAGGUUGCACCGCGAGUUCGUCCGGCUCGACAGCCUCUACAGCAUCCGCUACUCGAAGUUCAUACGUACCACGGACCCACUACACAUGGAUAACGUCAGAGAGUUAUGGAACAAGUGUGCUGCGAAAGGGUUCAUCUACAGGGGCCAGCACAGCGGGUGGUACUCCGUCUCGGACGAGACCUUCUACCCGGAGUCCAAAGUGGUCCCCAACGAGCAAGGGACGGGCUACAUCAACACGGAGACGAACAACGCGGUCGUCCACCACUCGGAGACUAACUACUUCUUCAAGUUGUCUAGCUUCAGAGACAGGCUUAUUGGGUUGCUCAGCCAGCGGGACCCGCCCUUCGUCGAACCAGAGGCCAAGAGGGAGCAAUUGCUCUCAGAACUGCUGGCGACAGACCCACUUCCGGACCUCUCCGUCUCAAGACCUUCGUCAAGACUGUCAUGGGCGAUCCGCGUGCCAGGAGACGACUCGCAGAGCGUGUACGUCUGGUUUGACGCACUUGCUAACUACAUAUCUGCUCUGGGACCCCUGGGGACCGCUACCAGUGGACCCUACUGGCCCAACACGACACAUAUCCUCGGGAAGGAUAUCAUAAAGUUCCACGCGUGGUACUGGCCCGCGUUCCUCAUGGCCGCGGGGGAACCAUUGCCCCGAAGACUCGUCGUCCACGGUCACUGGAUCUCAGAGGGGGUCAAAAUGUCCAAGUCCCUCGGGAACGUCGUCGACCCGGUUACCAUAGCGCGCAAGUACGGGACAGACAUCGUCAGGUGGUACUUGCUCGAGAACUCACAGAUCGAGUCGGAUAACGACUUCAACGGCGACGCGGUUGCCAAACUCAGGGAACUCUUCGUUGACAAGUGGGGGAACCUGAUUAACAGGUGCUCCUCGCGCAAGUUCAAUAUCCAGAGGGCAAGGACAGUCUUCGGGGGGCACCCCACUGCGGGGGCGUUCCUCCAAGAGUGGGACGAAGUGUGGCGGGGACAAUUCACGGACCAAGCAGCACAACUGCUCGUCAAACUGCAGCAAUUGACGCAGACUAUCGACGGGAGAAUUGACUCCUUCCAGUACAGCGGCAUCCUAAGGGACGCCUGGACCGUCAUCAACGACGCAAACAGGAUCGUGCAGGACACAGAACCUUGGAGGGUCGAUCGCGAGAGACAGGACGCGGUCGUGUUCCUCGCCAUGGAGGUUGCCAGGAUCCUCAGUAUCCUGCUACAACCGUUCAUUCCAAGACUAUCGGGCAAACUUCUCGACAGACUGGACGUCUCCGCAGCGAACAGAACUUUGGAGUUCACACAGCUAGGUACGGACCACACCUACGGAACACACGCGAAUGACCAGGGCAGAUCAGUACCCAUCCAGAGAGAAGUCUCAGAGGACGAGUACACUCCAGAUCAAUAA